UGGACAUCUACUUAGCCUUGGCAACAUUUCCACACCGGGAGUUUUCUUACUUAAGAUAUUAAUUACUUCUUGUUUGAGGAUAUUAUUGUUUUAGAACAUUUGAUAAACUUCGUAUGAGUUCAGUGUCGUUGGCAGAGACGAUGUGACAAGACAAAUCGUAGAGGACUUUGCAGCCAGUUGUAGAUGUAUGCUGUUAUAUAGACUCCAACUGUAAAUACCUUAUCUAUAACUACUACACCGUGCUUGUUAUGAGCAGCAACAGAUGUUUGUUUACCAGAACUGUGCCACAAAAGGACAAGUAAGUGGAGAAAUUACUGCUGAUCUUAAAUAAUGCUUGGUCGCAGGUUGUCAGGAUGGUUUUGGUUUGGAUCAGAUCGCCAUGGAUUCUGUCUGGGAACAUCUUCAUGGAUAGCACUCAUGCUGCUGAUUUAUGCUGGGGGCAUCCAGGCAAGUCUCAGUUUAGGUCCAGGUGGAGACUUCCCGAGGUUCAGAGAUCUGUUCCUGUAUGCUCUCAGUCAUGAUGAGCUGCACUCUCUGCUGGUCAGUGUUGCUCUCCUGCUGCUGAUUGGACCAUGUCAGGAACGUCGAUGGGGAACAGUUGCUUUCUUCGCCCUCUCCAUCCUGACAAUGACCAUAUUACCUAUUCUUUACACACUGGUCCUCUUCAUCCUUAGUGGCGAGGCGAGUCGUAUCUGUGGUUACUCUGCGGUCCAGCUGGCUCUGUUUACAGCACAGUGUCGUCAGGUGACACAGAGAAGGGUGCUGAAGUGUUUGCCAGUCUGGUUUCUCCCCUGGAUUUUCCUGCUGAUUGGUCUGCUCCUGCUGCCAGGGACACCUGCCCUGCUUCACUUCUGCGCAAUAUGCAUCGGACAUAACUAUCUUCAGCCCUUCAUUGGGAUGUUACAGGAGCUGGAGGAGGCCAGGGUCUUGGCUUUCAUUUCUGAUUGGGCGUAUGUUCCCACUUUGGCGAGGUUCAGAUUGCCCACCUACACUACCUCACAGAGAUCACAGUCUCACAUGAUGCCUGUAGAUCAGGCAUCUGCUCCCCCCAUGAGGGACCUCUUUGUCCUGAACCACCAUCCAUGGAUCGAGCCAUCGCCUGCCUGGAUAAUGGAGGAGUCCGCUGCACUGUCGGAGGCAGAGGUGUUGGAGGAGCAGAUGCUAAAAGCAGGGAUACUGGCCUCAUUACAGGAUGCUCCUGAUGACCCUGAUGCAAAAGUGGAAGUUCCUAAAUCAUCAGUUUCCUCGUUGCGACUCCAGCAGCUGGAGAAGAUGGGCUUCCCCACAGAGAAGGCUGUAGUGGCAUUAGCAGCCUCAAAACAGCUAGAUGGCGCCAUCUCUCUGCUUAUUGAUGACAGCGUUGGUGAACAAGCUGUGGUGGUUUCAAAGGGAAAGAGCCCUCAGCCACCGCAGAGCACCUAGUUGACCUCACAUCUCCAGACAGUAUCCGGCAGUAAACUGGACUUAAAUAAUGCUUGGGUUUUGCUGAGCUUUAAUAUUGUAGAUUUUCCCUGUGGGCUUCUUGUUGAACUAUUUUAAUGAUCAGAAUUUUGUUCUGUAUUUGCACCUCAAAUGAACACUGGAGAGCGUGGAUGUAAUUUAUUUACAUUGUGAUAGUGUUUAAGUGAAUAUUGCCGUUACACAAAUGAAGACAGACAACAUGUUUAAAAAACAAUGAACAUUAUUUAAUUACACCGAUCAUCUAGACAGGAUUAUCUUAACACAAUAACACAUUUGCAAGAAAAAACAAGUUCAAAAUAUGAAAUGGUUACACAACAGCAUACAAAAUAAACUACAGUUGAUCAUUUUAAAUAGUUUCACAAUAAGUUUGAUAUAAGAUGAAAAAACAAUCAAGUCUUUUCAUCAGGACAGUUUAAGCAGUCUGAAGUUUACCAACACAGCAGUGGUAAAAAUAUGUUCAAGUUCUGUUAACAGUUUUACUAUUUCCUGUGUGUGUGUGUGUGUGUGUGUGUGUGUGUGUGUGUGUGUGUGUGUGUGUGUGUGUGUGUGUGUGUGUGUGUGUGUGUCUUCAAGAUCUUGAAAUGGAAAGCCAGGUUUCAUUCUAACACAUUUUGUUUCCAGAGUGCAACAUGAUUAAUGACUGUUUCCACUCAUGUGCAGCCAAACCCAGAUGCAAAUGUUUGUUUUUUUUGUUGUUGCACAGAUUAAAUGUAAAUAUACUAUUGUAUAUUAAA